AUGCCCAAUUUAAAGUUGAUUAAAUAUAACAAAAAAAAUAAAAAAAAAAGUCAAUAUUUUUUUAGUUAUAUCAAAAAAUAUAGAAAUUUUAUAUUAUUAAAAUUAAUUUUAUUAUUUUUUUUAUUAAAAGAUGGAGGAAAUGCAAAUGAAGUAAACCCCGAUGUUGUAAUACAACCAAGGGAGGUAAACAAUAGUAUUUGCUUUGAGCCACAAAAUUGUUAUGGAAGGAAAAAUUAUAAUAUAAUCGAACAAAAUUUACAUAUGGGAGGAAAAAAACAAAAUGGAGGCACCAAAUGCACAAAGAAUGGUGCAAGCUAUUAUGAUAAAAUUAUUAAUAAAUUUAAAGUAGUAUAUGAAGAAUUAUGGUAUUCAGAUUUUCACACAAAAUAUGAUAUUGGUUUAACAACUUAUGUUAAUAAAAAGUCAAUAAAUUAUGAUGCGUUAAAAAAAAAUCGGAUUUUAGAAGAAAUCAAAUAUCCACAAAAAAUAAAAGUAAAUGAAUUAAAAGAUAUAUGUAAUACUGAAGUUGGUAAUUUUGAAGUAGGUCAAAAUGGAUUAUCAACAGUAUCCGAUUCAAUAUCAGAAGGUAUACUAUUUUAUUGCUUUAUAUUUAUAUCUGCUACAAUGAUACAAUUUUUUUUAUCAAAAAUAAAUAAGUUAAGUAUUCCAGUAUCUGUGAUAUGGUUUUUGUACGGAAUGUGCACAUAUGGAAUAGCUAAAAAUUUUAAUAUCUUUGAAGAUAACGCUUUACACAAAUCUAUAAUUAAUGCAAGGAAUAUUGAUGCGUCGGUUUUAUAUUUUAUAUUAUUACCUAUAUUAUUAUACGAAGCUACUCAAGAUAUUAAUUAUUAUGCUUUUAAAAAUUUUUUAUAUGGAGGUAUAGCGCUAGCUGUUGUCGGUGUAGCACUACAAGUGGCCAUAUUAGGUGCUUUGUUUUAUUACACAUUUAUGUAUAAACAAGAGCAAUCUCCAUUGUCCAGUAGUUUUUUGUUAGCUUCUAUAUUAUCGUCUACAGAUCCUGUUGCAGUUUUAUCUAUUUUAUUAGUAGUUGAUGCGCCUACAAAAAUAAGUUCAAUGUUUCAUGUAGAAUCGCUAAUAAAUGAUGGUAGCUCCGUAUUAUUAUUUCAAUUUUUUUUUUAUUUAACAAUUGGAUAUAAAGCGAACGCAUCUCAAUAUAUUAUUCUUUUUGUAAAGUUACUAUUUUUAAGUCCUGUAUUUGGUAUUGGUAUGGCAAUAUUAACAUUUAUAUGGAUGAAUAUGUUUAGGAGAUAUUAUUAUAAUCAAUGUUUGGCUACAAUAACGAUGUGUUAUUUAUGUUAUUUUAUUUCUGAAUAUUGCUUUAAUUUAUCUGGACCAUUAUCUAUAGUUUGUUAUGGAUUAUUUAUUAAUGCAUAUGGGCAUAUAGCUUUAGAUGAAAUAGCACAAAGAAAACAUAAAGAAAUUGUCGAGGUGUUAGCACUUAUGGGUAAUUCAAGUAUUUUUAUUAUAUCAGGAAUAAUAACUGUUGGAAUGAUGGAAAAUGUAUUUAGAGAUCAUUUACAAUUUUUAGUAUAUAUAAUAUUAACAUAUUUAUUUUUAUUAGUUGCUAGGGCAAUAAUGAUAUUAUUAUUUACACCAUUUUUAUCAAGAAUUGGUUACCCAAUAAAUUGGAAAGAAAUAUUAUUAUUAAUAUGGGGUGGUUUAAGAGGUGGCAUAGUUUUAGUUUUAGGUUUGCGUAUAGAAGCUGAAAACAAGAUAAAUGACAAAUUAACAACAGAAUUAGCUUAUUACAUUAGUGGAAGUGUAUUAUUAAUAUUAACCAUACAAGGCUUGACAUUUGAAUGCUUAUAUAAAAUGUUAAAUAUUUAUCCCCCAAAUCCAUUUCGAAUUGUAUAUUUGGAAAAGGUUUUAAAAAUGAUUGAUUAUAACUUUUCUAUUAGAAAAAAAAAUUUGAAAAAUUAUUGGCUUUUUAAUGAUACAAAUAUAUUAUAUUUUUCAAAUAAAAUUGUUCCUGAAUUAUAUUGGAGAAAAAUGAAUAAAUAUGGAGAGUUUGAUUUAGGCUUACCAGAUAUAUAUGCAUGUUUACAAGAUAUCAGCGCGUGUGACAUUUCGGCAUGGGAGCGUUACACUGAUUCUCAAACGGCAAUAGACAAUUUGAGCGAACAAUUUUCUAAGGAUAAUAUAAAUAUACCAAACAAGUCUCCUAACAAAACAUCGCCUAGCACAAUAAAUCAAGGGACAGAGAUUAAUAUAGAUAUUAAAGCGCAAACUAGUCGUAAUUUAAAAGAAAAGGAAAUGCGUGGAAAUGAUAAUAUUAAUAAUGACCCUAAUAUUUUAAGAGAUGAUACAAACAUUUUGGAAAAUAGUUCAGAUGAAAAAACUCAAAAAAAAAAUAAUAAAAAGGAAAACGAAUUUGGUGAGGUAAAAAAUACGAAAAAUAAUUAUUUAUAUAUUGAAGAUGAUGAUAAUAGUGAUGAAUACAGUUAUACAAAUAAAGGCGAAAUAAAUGGAAUAAAAAGUUAUUAUGGUAAUGACAUUACUAAUAAAGGAUUUCAUAACGUGAUUGGAUACAAUGAUUGGAUUAAUAAUAGUAUAAAUGAUAAUAAGAAAGGAAAAAUAAGCUCAAGUGUGAAGAAUAAAGUAGGGGAUUUUAUGAAUAGACGAAGGAAAAAUUAUAGUAAUAUAUAUAAAAAUGAAAUGAGAAUAAAUGUGAUUCGAAACAAUUAUAAUAGUAAUGACGAAGACGACAACAAUUUUAACAUGCAAAAUAAUUCUAUAUCGAGAAAUAAUAUAUAUCCAAAUUCAAAUGAAAAUUCAGAAAUCGAUUCAGUAAUUACUGAUAAAGUUGAAGCACAUAAAAAAAUUAAAAACUUAAACGUAUUCAAUUAUGAUAAGAUUUCAAUUAAAACGUAUGACCGAUUAAUAAAUAAAAUGAAUUAUAGAGAAUUUAAAAGAAUUCGCGAUAACAGGGAUAAUUUUACAGUUAUCGACAAUAUCGUUGACAAUAAGGAUAAUAAAGAAGAUAAAUUUGAUCCUAAAUAUAACCUAAGAUUAAUUGAGCAUGCUACAGAUUUGCCCAAAACUUUGAGUGAUAAUUACCUCGUUAAAAAAAAUACAUACAACAUAAAUAAACAAGAUAAUGAUUCAAAAAAUCCUGAAAAUAAUGAUAAACAAAAAAAGAAAAACAAUUUCCUUAUCAUUAAUAAUGAUAACAAUAAGAGGGGAAACGAUAGUAAGAGUGAGCACACAAACGAAAACGAAUCAAAUAGUCUCGAAGAAGGAACAAAUUCCCAAAUGGAUUAUUCAAAGGGAAAUAUAAACAAUGAUGAUAUAAAUAAGAAGAAAGAAAGUAUAUUAUCAGAUAUUAAGGACCUCGGCAUUUUACAAAAUAUAAAUAGUGAUAGUACUAUAAAUUUAAGAAAUUUACACAAAAGUGAAAAUGAAUUAAUAAUGAAUGAUGAUUUUGUUAUCAAAAUUCAAAAAGAUCCUUCGAAGGGUGAAGAAAAAGUUGAUUUUAAAGAAAUAAACUCGAGAAAAAAAAAAAAUCUUGAAAAAGAUCAAAUUGAAAAAUGCAACAUAGAUGAGCAAUCGGAUAACUAUAGUAAUACUAAUAAUAUCAUAUUAAACGAUUGUGAUGAGAAAUUUGAUGAUAAUAUUACAAAUAAAUCUAAAGUAGAAAAUAAGAACAAUGAAAAUCAAAACGAUGAAUAUUUAACGUAUCAAAACUUAUUUACCUUAGAUACUAAUGGUAAAAGGAUAUCUUCAUUUUUUAAUAAUAAUUAUCGUAAAGAUAGUUAUAUAAUGAAUCAUAAAAAAAGGACUUUUGGAAUUAAGAUUUCUACAAAAAACACGAAUGAGAAAAGAAUAUCAAUAUUUAACAGUGAUGUAGAUAAUAAAGGUGAUAAAUAUAGUAAUAAAAAAGGUAGAUGUUCAAUAGGUAGUGACAUAUUUAAUUUAUUAAUGUGUAAACCACGAAAAAAACGAAGUGAUUAUUCUGGCGCAAAAAGUGAUUUAAAUGAAAAAAAUCUUGAAGAAAAUGAACCAAAUAUGGAGAAUUGUGAUUAUAUAAAUAAUAAUGAUGAUAAUAAUAUCGAUGAUAAUUUCAUGAUAUUUAGAUAUGAUACAGACCAAACAAUAAAUUUUGAAUAUGUUAAAGAUAAAUAUCAUAAAAAUAAUAGUGCAUUUUAUCGAUUUUUAAGGAGACCAAAAAUAAAAAUUCAAAGUAAACAAUUUGAUGAAAUAAGAAGAUCAAGAAGCCAUGAAAAUUAUCGAAAAAAUAAAGAUAAAUAUGGUAAAUUAAAAGAUGGUGUAUUUCAUUCUUCUUAUAGAAAACAAAUCAUUAGAAAAGAAAGGGAAGGAGAAUUAUAUAUUAUGAUAUUUAAUACGUGUAAAGAAUUGUACAAAAAAUUGUAUGUAAAUGGAUUUAUAUCUGGUGAAUGUUUAUUAACACUAAAUUCAAUCUUGGAUUUAUCUGCUGAUUUCGCUUUAAAAAAAGUCAAGAUGAAUCCAAUAAAAGCCUGGGCAGAUGCUUUUAAUAAAAAUAACAAUAAUAAAAAUAAAAAAAAAGGAAAAUACCUUGAUCAUAGAAAUGGCUUUGAAUACGAAUUUACUGUAUUAUUAUCAAAAUUAAAAUUUAAUAAAAAAAGUUGUUUUUUCUGCUCACCUAAAGUAUUAAAUAUAUUUCUUAUUUAUGAGCAUUGUAUGAAUGAUUUACAAAUUAUAUUGGCAUAUGUGGAUGUUCAUCAAUGCACAUUAGAUAAAGGAGGAAUAACCAUGAAAUUAUUAUUAGGGAAAAAUUUACUAAAAAGUUAUUACAGAAACAUAAAGCUUGCAAAAGGCCUUAUUCCUCUUCUUGUUAAUAAGUAUAAAGAUGUGGUUAAGUAUUGCCUUAUAAAAAUAGGAGCGGAUAUGCUUAUGCACUUGAAGAAAAUGAUUGUUAAUGAUCAAGUAGCCAAUGGAUUAUUGUUAACGCAAGAUAAUGAGAAAUUAAAUUAUAUUUUUGAUGAACAAAAAGUAAAGAUAAAUCGAUACAGACCAUAUCUACAUUAUAUUUUUAAAAGGAACUUAUUUAAGUUGUUUGUUAAAUAA